AUGGGCAAAUUGAAGAGUUGGCAACUUUUAUCGUUUCUUUCUUCAGGAUGUCAAUUGUAUAAAAAAGUGGCUCGACGAAGCCGGGACAAUCUGUUAGUUAGUAAAAAAAACCUUAAAGUAUUAAAAACAAAUCAAGUGGAUGUAACUUCCGACACUAAGUAUUUAGUCGUAUUUAUAGCGCGUACGUCACACGUCGCUACGUCACCUCUACAAGCUACAGCGCGCAGUCCGCGCGUAGCCACGCGUGCGGUGACCCAUUCACUAAGUGAUAAUACACACAACGUAAAAAAAAUCGCCAAGAUGGCGGGAAUGAAGUUUUGUGGUUCAUCGUCGAGAUUGCUUCUGCUGAGCGUUCCAGCUUUCAUUAUGCUAAGUGCUGCUGUAGCUGUAGUAACAGAGAAGAGUCGUAGUUGCUACUGGUGCGGACCGCUGGCCGAGCAAGUACACCGCAGCCGUCGCGCGCCUCCUUGCGACGUUGCGGGUAACCACGUCACUACCUGCGAGCCUGAUCUACCACAUUGCGCUAUUGUUGCUACUUCGCCACCAUACGUGGAAUCAAGGUUUUGUGUGAAAAUUUACCAAGACGAAUGUUAUCCACUGUUUUGCAAUUCGACAAAAACGUGGAAAAUGACAUGUCCGUGUCGAGGCGACUUAUGUAACGGCCCGAAUACGGAACGCGAAGAGGAAGCCUUUGCAAUCCUUUAUAAGCUAGUAACAAAGACGCAAACUUCACGUAUAAAAAAAAGAACACAGUUGAGCCCAGGAAAAUUAGUAUCAUCAAAUGACCAAAACACUAUUAUAAUCACAAAUAUAUCAGCUAUAGAAAAUAAUGAGCUUAAUGUUUCCUUACACAAUGUAACUGACGAUGAUAUAACAAAAAUUAUGUUAGGCGAUCAACCCACAAAAGACGGAGAAAGCGACCAAAGCCUAUCAUCAACAGAAAUUGCAUCAACAGCGGAUGACAUUCAAGAAGAAACUACGAAAAAGACAGAAACAGUCGAAAUGAGAGAUAUCAUUCCAGCGGCAGAUACAAAAGACGAUAUAAGGAAAGGUCUAGAAAUCUUGAAGACGGAUAAACUUAUGAAUCACCCGGUGAAACCGAGUGAAGAGCUUCCGACUGCAGAAGCCUUGCAACAGAACACAAGCCCCAAAGCAGUUACAGAAAAAACUACAACAGAAGCAGCGACUUCCGAAACAAUCAUGGACACUACGACCGAGUCUAACACAGAUAAAACUACCCACAAAUCUGAAACCAAAAAUGGUGCAAGCAAACUAUUCGAAACUUCUAUUAUAUUCAUUAAUAUAAUAUCCUUUUAUAUUCAUUUCAUACUAUCACAUAUUAUC